AUGAUGAAGAGGAAAUUUGAUUCAACAACGAUGAAAGGAGAAGAAGUACAAUUUGGUUCGGUUUAUAACAAUGGAAUUUCUUGGUUGAGAGGUUCAUUGCUUGGGAAAGGAGGAUUUGGGUCGGUUUAUAUUGCUAAACUGAGGAAACCCGACUCAAGAAAUCGUCCAAUUAUGCUUAAAUCGGCUGAGGUUUGUAAAUCAAGUUCAUUACAGAAGGAGAAGGAAAUUUACAACAAUCUUUAUGAUUGUCCUUAUAUUCUUCAAUGCUUUGGCGAAGAAACUACAACUGAUCAGUAUGGUCAUAUGUUUUACAACAUUCUGUUAGAGUACGCUUCUGGCGGAACCCUAGCUUCUCUGAUCAAGCAAUCCGGUGGCUGUGGGUUGCCUGAAUCUGAUGUCAAGAGAUAUACAAGGUUUAUUCUUAAAGGGAUUCAUUAUUAUAUUCAUAGCUAUGGCUAUGUGCAUUGUGAUUUAAAGCCUGCCAAUGUUCUGCUUGUGUCUACUGGUGGCUCUGAAUUUGUUCCGAAGAUCGGCGAUUUAGGGUUGGCGAAGAAAAUUGUGAGAAACAGGGAGCUUGGUGAUUCUGACAUUGGAGGGACUACUAUGUAUAUGGCGCCGGAGACGGUGGCCGAUGGAAUUCAGGAGACUCCGUCUGAUAUUUAG